UUUUGAACAGAAUAAAAAAAAAAAUUCAUCUGGGUUCUGAGAUUGUGUUGGUACUCAUUAGUAUCAUAAGAUUUAGAAAGCAGAAUCCAAAGAUUCAGAUAUUCUAUAUCCUCUCUUUGUAUUGCGCUAAUGGAAGCGGAUGUAUCUAUUUCCUUCUAAACCCACCCCACAAAAUCAAACCUCUUUCUUUCCCAACAGAGAAUUAGGGUUUUUUUUUUCUUUGGGAUCGACUUUUUUUUUGGGUUUAAUUUUUGGAUGAAGAUGAAUCGUGUUGUGGUAUUAUUGGUAUUAUGGUUUCUCUGUUUAUUGAGUGCUUCUUGGAUGACGUCAGCCAGUGUGGUGUUGAUUGGGAAAAACGUUACUCUCUCUUUCGAUGAUAUUGAAGCUAAUUUCGCUCCGGCGAUUGAAGGGUCUGGGGAAUGUGGGGUAUUAUACUUGGCAGAGCCUCUUGACGCGUGUUCGGAUUUAAGUAAUAAAGUUGAAGAGGUUUCGAAUGUUACUUCCCCUUUUGCGCUGGUUAUUAGAGGAAGGUGCAGUUUCGAUGAGAAAGUACGAAGAGUGCAAAAGGCGGGGUUCAAAGCUGCUAUUGUCUAUGACAAUGAUGAUGAUGGUAUCCUGGUUGCAAUGGCAGGGACUGCAGCUGGCAUAAAGAUAAAUGCUGUCUUUGUCUCCAAAGCUUCUGGUGAAAUACUCAAAAAGUAUGCUGGAUGUACUGAUACGGAGCUGUGGCUUAUCCCUAGUUUUGAAAACUCAGCUUGGUCGAUCAUGGCGAUCUCCUUUAUUUCUCUACUUGCCAUGUCAGCAGUGCUGGCAACUUGUUUCUUUGUACGCAGACAUCGCAUCAGACGAGAACGCCCUCAAUCUUCUCGAGUUCGUGAAUUCCAUGGAAUGAGCAGGCGUUUAGUAAAAGCAAUGCCCAGCUUGGUAUUCACUGCUGUCUUAGAGGAUAAUUGUACUUCAAGAACGUGUGCAAUAUGCCUUGAAGACUAUACCGUGGGAGAGAAGCUCAGGAUUCUUCCAUGUCGUCAUAAAUUUCAUGCUUUCUGUGUUGAUUCUUGGCUUACGACAUGGAGAACUUUUUGCCCUGUUUGCAAGCGUGAUGCAAGAACCAGCACAGGUGAUCCACCAGCAUCAGAGAGUACACCAUUGCUUUCAUCCAUCCCAAGCUCUGUGUCCUCCUCUGUGUUGUCAUCUGCUAGAUCUUCAUUAGCAUCAUCAUCAGCCAUACAAAUUGCCCCAGCAUCGUCACGGUGUCCAUCAGUUUCUCAUAUUCAUCCUCUUGCCAGCACUCCAUACGUCCAGCAAUCACUUAGGUCCUGCCAUCAAUCCCCUUCCAUCAGCUUAAGCCGAAGCUCAGUAGAUCUUAGGAACACAUCUUCUCAGAGAUCCCAUGCUUCUCAUUUGGUUUCACCAGCCUCAUUGAAUUACCCAUCUAUAUCACCUCUUAAUGCAAGAUACAUGUCCCCGUAUUUUCCAAGCCCAAGCAAUGCCUCACCAAGUUUAGUCAGCUCUUCUGGUCACCAGCUGCAUCCACUGCGUUGCAGUGAGUCAGCAGCUAGUUUUUCUCCUUUCGCAUCUGCUCAAUCUCUUCCAGAAUGUUAACUAGUUAAGUGAUAAUGAGCUGAAUUUUGUAAAAUGGAAUGACCUUUGCACAGUUAAAUCGUUCUUGAUCUCUGGUACUCUUCAUUAUUGGGUUCCUUUUGAUGUGAUUGUGGCGUUCUUAUCCCAUGUCUGCCGCUGAUUUUGUACAUUGUAGCUUAAGAUUUGUGGUCAUUUGUUUUGAUUCCGAAAUCAUGAUGUGGUUUACAUAAAUGAGGAUCCUAGAGUUGAUACUGGAGGAAUGUGUGUAUUGCGAGCAGAGGAUUGUUGACAUUGUUUUAGCAGUCUUGUGAAUAUAGUUAACCCCUAACUACUGAAUUGUGUGGAUGCCUAGUCAUGUUGAUAUGAGCUUUGUUUCUUAUCUGUUCUUUU